ACAUUAAAAAAAAUCAAAAACACGCGACUCGGUUUACUUUCUUUGGGAGCGGCUUUAAUUUUUCGCUUUUAAAAUCAAAAUUAUAAUAAUAUCGCUUUUUACUGGUACAAGUGGUGGUAUUGAUUCUUUUCCCGUCUUUGCAAUGGACGAUUUAAAAGCAAACGUCGAUCAGCAGCCGUCGUCGGAACCAAAGAACCCAACUGAAGAAAGCACGAAAACAACAGAUACGACAACGCAUGAUGAUACUAUCCACUUUUAUGCUACGAUAGCCUUUAUCGUGGUUAUCAUCGUAAUUGGUGUCCCCAUGUGGUGGAAAACCACCGAAGUUUACCGGGUUCCGUUGCCGUAUGCUGAAAUUGAGAGCCUGGAUGACGUUCCAAUAAAAGCUACCAUACGGAUGGGAUUGUUCGUAAAAUCCCAAGAACGGCGGGACAUACUUUUGUUUGAACUGAGCAAAAAAUUUGAAAACAAUUUUGCGUUCAACCUCCAACUGGAGGAGUUUACAUUAGAUCCAUCGCUCGUCGACGCGGCAAAGACUCCAGCUGCGUUAGAAGCUGCUAUUCUCAAAAAGUAUCCGUUGGGUUUGGGGGAUUUUGUCCUAAUUGAGUGGAACAAACUGGAGGAUGAUGUCUUAGUAACAUCCGAACGUACGGCUUUCAUUUCAGAGAGUGCAACGUCCUUGAAGAUUUACCAAGUUCUAUCGUCUUGGAUUUUGCAAGAGUACAAACUCAAGGCAAUCCUUGGCUCACGCGACCUUCAAACAAGUAAAAAUCGACAACUUCGACUAAACACGGCUCCGAUGCAACCGCAUUACGAGAUUCUUAUUUCAGUGCUGAACCCCCGCCCGGAUAUUCAGAAGGUUCACUGGAAUGCACGUGCUGCGGCUGAAAAUUACAUUGCUCCAUUCUUGGAUGGUCUAUCGACGAUCGCCAAUUUCACCGUCAAAACCCAGUGGGUUUAUCAGGUGGAAAUCCAAAAUCCCCAGAAGCAGAUUCCGGAUGAAAGUCGGUUACGGCGACAUUAUGCCAUCCAGGAAGACGCUUUGCCACAUGUGAUAACCGCCUUCGAGAAGAAACUCGGAAACCAAAUUUCCAACGAUCCGGCGAUCCACCUAGUGGUUUACGUUCCUCCGUGUGGGCUUGCCCCAUUACGAAUCUACCGGAGAGAUGGAUCGCGAGCGUCGGCGAACAAUGUCGAAGCGUUCACUUCGGCCAAAUGGGGCGGCAUUGUGCUGGCCAAUCCAACGGAGGAUGCCAUUGCCAAGUGUUUGGAGGGUAGUGGUACCACCGAGUUCCACUUAAGCUCCCAGGAUGUUAUGCCGGUGCUCUUGUAUCAACUGAGAAAGAUUUUCGACCUGGAAAACAAUAUCCCCCUCCUGGAUUCAAGUAUAACCCCGUUCAACUCGAUUGAACCCCGCAUCUGGGAGGUGGACAACUUUAUUCGGUGCAACACCAUUUACCGCAUCCACUCAGCGACCCUUACGUUGCAAUCGCUGAUCCAGCUGCUCGGCGGUAUCGAUUACAUCGUCAUCGCUGAUCAGGUUGGGGCGGCCAUUAAGGACGCCCAUGAGCGAAUCGUGCUGGCAAAACGGCUCCUGCUGGACAACAAACUGUUGGAGGCUGCCGCUGAAGCAAAGCAGGCCUACGUUUCCGCCGAGCGAGCGUUCUUCGACCCAAGCAUGCUGGCCUUGCUGUAUUUCCCCAGUGAACAAAAGUACGCCAUCUACAUUCCGUUGUUCCUUCCGAUUAUGAUUCCGGUGUUCUUUUCGUUCAACUCGAUUAGUAAGUUCUUAAGAAAGAGAUUUGGUUCCCAAAAGAAACAGAAGACUGAGUGAUGAUGUGUGGCUGUGGUCUGAAACGCAGGGAAGUCAUCAUAUAGAAGGAAAAUGAAAAUCCAGUACGGCUUUGUUUUAAGUGUUGGAACUCCCUAAUUUAAUUUAAAUUUGAACGAGUGAGUGUGUAUUUACAGAACAGAACAUAGGUAGUGUACUAAAAUCCA